CCAAUUACAUUUCCGGUAUAAGCGGCCAUAAUCAAAGAACGACAACUCAAUUUCCUUAACGUUUUCUAUUGAUAAUACACACAGAGCUAUGCCAAGGAGUCGAAGUAGAAGUAGAUCUCCGAAAAGAGAACGAAGACGGUCAAAAUCUAGAGAAAGGGAUCGUUCCAGGGAUAGAGAUAGGCACAGAAGGCACAGAAGAAGUAGAUCACGUGACAAAGGUCGUAGAAGGUCAAGGUCAAGAGAAAGAAGACAUGACAGAGAUGACAGACGUCGUGAUCAUGGAGAUCGUGAUAGGGAUCGUGGUCGUGGACGAAGACAUGAAGAGGAGGAAGAAGAAGAAUUGAUUUUCCAGACAAUAGAUAAACCUCCAGUAUCAGAGGAGGAGAUACAGAACAUGCCUGAAGAUGAGCAGGAACUAAUGAGGGUGAUGGGAUUCUCAGGAUUUGAUACAACUAAGGAUAAACAAGUUGUAGGCAAUGAUUUCUAUUCAGCAAAUAUUUGCAAGAAGAGGCGUUAUAGACAAUACAUGAACAGAAAAGGUGGAUUCAAUCGACCAUUGGACUUUAUAGCUUGAUACAGUAUAUAGGAUCUCAUGUGUUUAGUUGUCAGCAGAGAUUUAAAAUAGGAAAAACUGGCUGAAUUUAAAUGUGGAGGGAAAAGAGCGCUACAUAUUCUUCUUUUAAAAAAGAGGUAGCAGUGUGUGAUUUUCAAGGAAGAAAUUUAAAUUGAUAGAACAGUUGUCAUUGGAUCAAAAUGAAAGGGGUGUGUUGGAUUUACAAAAGAAAAUGGACCCAAAUUUUCAGAAAUUUCAAAAGUGAAUGACAACAUUUAAAAGUAACUUGCUUUUAAAAUAUUGAUGUCUUAUCUAAAAAAAAUGUUACGUUGGGUAUCGGAAACUUAAUAUUUACAUCAACAGAUACAGGUACUUUCUACAUUUUGCACACAGAAACACCAGGAAUUGUACUUAGUCUUUGAAAUGUGUUUAAAUGGAGGCUUAAGGAGAACUCUGUCAUUAAAUUUCUUUUGCUUUUCAAGAAGUUAUGUGUAUGUCUGAUGGUAUCAGUUGUUUUGCAUGUUGUAAUUGACUCUUGCAAUUUCUGAAAAUUAGGGGCCAUUUUCUUUCAUAAAACCUAUGUACAUCUUUAAAGGUGGUUAAUCAGAUUUUGGUCAAGUAACGGAGAUGUUCAAAACUUUAACAUCCUAUUAAUUACACUUACUUGUGUUCACUGAAAGGACAUACUUUUAUUUUAUUUACCUAUCUCAAUUGCCUAACCAAGAUGAGGGUUUUAUCAUGAUAAGUAUGAAUUUGCUAAACAUACUUUGACUGAGGAAAUAUAUACAUAUCAGGCUUAUUGUGUAAUAUUUGUUAAAUAUUUUCCUGAACAACAGUCUUACCUAGCUAAAAUUCAUUAGAAAUGCAAGUUUGAAAUGUUGGUAUUACCACCCUUUGCCUGUCUUGUUUUUGCAACAAAAAUAGAUUGGAUAUACAUGUAGGUUAAUUCAGAAUCUAUACACAGUUUUAAGAUUUGCUGUUUGGUCCAUAUUGUUGAACCAAUAUUUAUUAAAUGCAAAUGUAAAAUUAGAACUUAUUGAAUAUAAAAAGAAAUACUCGGCUUUAAAUUGUAAUUAAUUAUUUAUACUUUCGUAUUAAAAUGGGGUAAUUACAAUAUUUAUAAAAGUCAUUGAAACAGACAUUUCUAACUGGGAUCUAACUCUACGGAAAGGAGUCUUUUUGUUCCUUAAAUAAAUCUCUAACCGAAUAUACAAAACAUGAAACAUAACUUAAAAUUUUCCUUAAAUGUGAUUGACCACCUUUAAACUUAAGACAUGUAUAAUGAAUAUAUAUAUAAUGGAAAUAUGAUAACACCUGUAGUUACUGCUAGAUCUCUUAGUAGAAAGGUUAAGUUAUGAUUAUUUGGAAUUGCCAAAUUGGUUUAAAUUACAGCAUUAGAUGUCACAUCAUCAUUCCUACUGACAUUUGCCGUCUGCAAGCAGCAACUGGUGUUUUAAACUGUAUGCUCUGUUUCUUUUUUCCUAGUCUGCAGAAGAUUCUGCUUCAGUUCAUGAAAUUACCAUUAUAUGACACGUUUCAGGCAAUAAUAUGUGGUAUGUUAGUAAAAAUAUCCAUUUUAAAGUACUAUUUUUUGUCUCUUAACCAUAGAGUUUGGUUUCAUGUAUUCAUAUCAUUUCAUCUUGACAUGUUCCUGGUAAAACUGAUCAGAUAUCAAGUAAAACAGAUUAAAUGAUCACUUCAAUCUGUGCUAUGAUAUACUUUAACUUGAUGUAAACAAAACUUGUUUCUAUGGUUUAGUGAACAAGCUGGGUAUUUGACUUUUCCAAAACAUUAUAAAGUAACAAUUUGCACAAAACACAGCCUUUAGGGAGGCACUGCUUAAAGAAACACUGCCUGUUUUGUUUUUACAUAAGAUCAUUUGUAUGAAGUUAUUUUUACCUUUCUUUGAACAACUUUCUGUGAGACAGUCGUGUGUCUUGUUGGUGGUAUAUUUUACCUGUACGAAUGUAUUUGAUCGUGAGAAGUGUUGUCUGUAAUUAUAUUGUCAUACUGAUAGAGUGUCCUGUCAAUAUUUUAAAAGAAUAACUACUUUGUAAAAUAAUUGAUCAAUAAAAAAUGUAAAAUGGUU